AUGUCCUGGACACUCACCGCGGCGCGGCGCAGGCGUGGGAAGCCCCACGGGUUGGACUCGGCCAUGGCUCCUGGCGGACCGCGGCUUGAGGCGGAUGUGUCUCAGGAGCAGGAGUCACACAGUCCGCAACGGGACGUGAGCUCCGCCGCAGCAGCAAAGUGCGGCGUGUUCCCGCCUGCGCCGCAGUGUUCCCGGUGCAGAGUCCCGGUGCAGAGCCCCGGUGCAGAUUCUGUUCCACACGACGAGGGACGCAGCCAACACAUCUAUUACACAGCCCCAGCCCUAACACAGGAAAGUACAUCAGCUGCUGAAGUCAUGGCCAAGGUUUUCAAGAAAACCAGCAAGAAUGGACAGCUCACGCUCUACCUGGGGAAGCGGGACUAUGUGGACCACACAACGUCCGUGGAUGAAGUCUGUGGAGUGGUGAAGAUAGACCCUGCGGAGCUCGGAGACAAGAAAGUGUUCGUCCAGCUCGCCUGUGCGUUCCGUUAUGGCACCGAUGACUUGGACGUGAUGGGACUCUGCUUCAGAAAAGACAUCUGGAUCUCGUUCUUCCAGAUCUACCCCCAGACCACCAAGCCGGCUCAGACCCCCAUGCACGAGACCCUGCUGACCAAAGCCGGGGAGAACGCCUACCCCUUCACCUUCGAGAUUCCCAACAACCUGCCGUGCUCCGUGUCGCUGCAGCCGGGCCCUGACGACCAAGGAAAGGCCUGUGGUGUGGACUUUGAGGUGAAAGCGUACGUCGCCAAGGAACAGAACAACCCCGAUGAGACGGUCGACAAAAAAGACACCGCUCGCCUCGUCAUCCGUAAAAUCCAGUACGCUCCUUCUCAAGUCGGCGCUGGACCGAAGGCUGAGAUCUGCAAGAGCUUCAUGAUGUCGGACAAACCUGUGCAUCUAGAGGCCUCUCUGAGCAAAGAUCUGUUCUUCCACGGUGAAAGCAUCCAAAUCAAAAUCAAAAUCAAGAACGAGAGCAACAAAACUGUGAAGAAGUUUAAAAUCAGUGUGGAACAGGCUACAGACAUCGUCCUCUACUCCGCGGACAAAUACACGAAGACUGUUUUCACCCAAGAGUUUGCAGAGACGGUGGACCCUAACGGCUCCUAUGAAAACUCUCUUGCCAUUACACCGAUGCUCAAUGACAACAAAGAGAAGAGAGGCCUGGCUUUGGACGGACGGCUCAAAGAUGAAGACACCAACCUCGCCUCCACCACCAUCCUGAAGGGAGGCAUCGAGAAGGACGUGCUGGGAAUCCUGGUCUCCUACAAGAUCAAGAUCAACUUGAUGGUGGCUGGUGGAGGUCUGCUGGGAGGACUGACCUCAAGUGAUGUCACACUUGAGCUGCCAUUGAUGCUUAUGCACCCUAAGCCUCAAGAGUAA